AUGUUCUACUUUUUCGCGCUGGCGACCGCACUUACCAACACCGCUAUUGACACGGCUUUAUGGCAUCGUGGGAUAGGGGUAUUUGAGGAAGAUGUUGAUUUCGGGGUGGUACAGUGGCAGGCACCAAGGGAUAAUAUCAUUAAUGCUUUCAGGAGGCUGAAUGUCGCGACCAACGUUGUCAGUUGA